UCUAUUUGCUACCACACCGGAUUCAUGUAUCCGUGCAUGUGUUUAUGUGAACGAAACCUCUUGAACAGCUGAUUAUUGUUUACGAAUGAGAAGCAGACGUCCUCCCCGGCAAGGUUAAAAAGUGUCCAAUGUAUCCUGCUCCUCGGCGACCUUGAGUAGACGAAACCAUGGCUCACCAAGACGUCACUCUUUCGAAAAAGUCCUUAGCAGCUCUUUUAGGAUUGGCACUGUCCUUAGGCUUCUUUUUCGGUUACAAGUUCAAGUCGUUUAAGAUCGAGUGGCUGAGAAGAAGGAGAGAGAGAUUGCAGAGGAAGAUACAGCAAACCCAAGCAGAGAUAGAUAAUCUUCAGAAGCAGUGCUAGAAUUUUUUUUCAACCCAAUCCUCAAGGAACUCCUCAGAAAUUAGUACUAAAACAAAAUCAUCAUUAUGGUUGAACCAGUUGUAAUUGUUCAUGGGGGAGCUUGGGCUGUACCUGAAAUACUGUGGGAUAGAAGUAUUGCUGGGGUCAAGACUGCUGCUCUUCAUGGCUAUAAGGUCCUCCAGGAGGGUGGUUCAGUUGUUGAUGUAGCAGAAGCUGCGGUAAUUUCUCUUGAAGAUAACCCAGUCUUUGAUGCAGGAACUGGCUCUGUUCUCACAUUUGACGAACAGGUGGAAAUGGAUGCCAUUAUCAUGAAUGGUGCAACCAUGGAGGCAGGAGCAGUGGCUGCAAUAAGAAACAUUCCAAACCCUGUAAAAGUUGCUCGCCUCAUCAUGGAGAAAACUCCUCAUGUAAUGUUAGCAGGAGAAGGAGCCAAUAAAUUUGCCUCGCAAUAUGGCAUUAAUGAAGUCGACAAAGAAUUGCUCAUCACCCCUUAUGCCAAGGAAGAAUUAGCAGAGUAUAAGAAGUACACCAAUACUGUCUACUGCCUCUUUAAUAAGACUGAGCAUGUAAACCCAGUGGGCCAUGAUACUGUUGGCUGUGCAGUGGUUGACCAGAAGGGACACACAGCCUGUGCAACAUCCACAGGGGGAAUCACAGCCAAGAUGCCGGGCCGUGUCGGAGACAGUCCCAUAAUUGGUGCUGGAGGAUAUGCUGAUGAUGAGGUUGGAGCAGUUUCAACUACUGGUUGUGGUGAAGCUAUUAUGAAGGCUUGUCUUGCCCGGCAUAUUGUAUCAGUUAUGGGAACAGGCCAAGAUGUUGUCACAGCCAUAAAGAGUGGUUUGAAUCACAUGGAGACUAGAAUAAAUGGCUUUGGUGGUGCCAUUGCAGUAUCAUGCAAGGGAGAUGUUGGGAUGCAGUUUUCUACUCCUCGCAUGCCUUGGGCGUAUGUGCGGCAAGGGAAGCUGCAUUAUGGUAUUCACCCUGGCCAGCACAUUAUAGAAGAUUUGUAGUUUGAAAGGCUUGUUGGUGGCAUGACAAAGAUAUUCCUACGAUUUUCAUGUUUAUAGUCUGACUACAGAGGCCUUUUGGAUUAUUUGAUACACUCAGUUAAGGACAUAACAUUCCUUUUGAAUGUCAGGAAACUUUAAAAUGUUGAAAUUUGACAGAACAUGGUAUGUACAAAAAAAGCUGGUUUUAUUGAUGAUGUUUCAAGACUGGGUAAAUAUAUGCUAUGUCCAUUUAUACAAAGGUCUUCACUAGAAAAAGUUUGCUACCCAACCCGGAGGCAAUUCCCUUAACCAUCUCUGCCAGGAAAAGAAGUAUUGUGAAUGCAUACUUGAUACUAGGAGUAUAUGAGGACCACCAGGAUUUAUUUGUUUGUUUAAUGUUGAAAGCAAAAGAAGCUUGAAGGCUGGAGGCUACCCUUAAUUUUUUUUUUUUUUUUUUAAGAAAAAAAUAUACAUACAUAUGUAUAUGAGAGCAAGAGCAAGAUCCUAGUGAGUGAAAGAGAAUAACAGAGAGGGAGAGAGAGAGAAAAAAAAAUGAGAGUGACUUAGAGGGAAGUUGUAGCAGCACUUUGUGUAAAGGAAUACUAGAAGCAUUUCUGUUAGGUGAAACCACUGUGAUGCAAGUUAAAAUUGAGCCAUUUUCCGUUUACAAUAUUUGGGGAACCUAAUGUUACUUAUUUUGCUAUUGCGUUACAAUUAUAUUUUAUUAAUAGCUUAAAGAAAAUAAAGAUACUCAGAUUUCAA